CGCCAAUCAAGGAAGGCGCCGGGAACUCGAUUAUCCCGCGGAGUUGCUCUGGUUCUACCAGCUGCUCAUCGGUGCACAGCUUUUGGAGCUAUCAUGGUGGACCUAAUGGAAAUGCCCAAGUGGCGCAUCAACGCCAGUAUGGUACCUCAGUUUAUCGACCGGCCAGUCUGCUUCGUAGGACGGCUGGAAAAGAUUCAUCCCUCUGGAAAAAUGUUUAUUCUGUCAGAUGGAGAAGGGAAAACUGGGAACGUUGAGUUGAUGGAGCCACUUACUGAAGAAAUCUCUGGAGUCUUGGAAGUAGUUGGAAGAGUAACCCCCAAGGCAACAAUCAUGUGUGCAUCUUUCAUCCAGUUUAAAGAGGAUAUUCUUCCUUUUGAUCUUGGACUUUACAACGAAGCUUUGAAAAUUAUCCAUGAGUUUCCUCAGUUUUUUCCAAUAGGGGCUAUAGAACACUCAUGAUCUUGAUUUGUGUUGUUUUAUGAUUUCAAGUGAGUUAUAUUGAAGGGGCUUCAUCUUUAUGUUUGAAGGAAAGAACUGAGUUUUCAUUGACAUGCUUUUGUAAAUCUUUCACUUACUGAACUGUAGAUACUUUCAUCUGAAGUUUGUUUUUGAUGAAACUAGAAUAUUGAUUUUUUUAACCAAAGUCAUUUUAUUAACAAAAAAAAUCUCGUCAAUAUAGGGUCAGAUAAGAAGCAAGAACAAAACAGUUGUCUUGAGUUUGUUUCUGUUUUGUUAAUAAAGCUUUAAAUGGUAUAUACUACUG